AGUUGCCUGGAGAAGUUGCCCGUAGAAAUCAUCAACCAGAUACUCUCCCAUCUCAUCCACCCCCGCUCGCGCCUGCCCGGGCUCACCCAGGCCCAAAGCGCCCACAACUUCCCCCGCCACACGAAGCUCGAGAUCAAGAACCGCGAAGACCUCACCACCCUCCCCGACUCGCAGCGCUGGGCCGCCGACAUCUUCGACUUCCACUCGCUGCGCCACCCCUUCCACGUCCUCUCGCUGACCUCGAAGCGCCUCCAUGAGUUCGUCGAAAGCUACUGCGGGCACCUGGUGCGGACGUGCAAUAUGUUCAACCUGCCGUUCGCACACUACGACAGGUACGGUGCGGCAUGUGUGUACCCGGACUUGAGCCAGAUCGUGUACAGGAGGCUGUGGUUGCAGCACGCGCCGAGACUGUGUAUCUACUGUCAUGUCGGCCUAGACUGCUAUCCGUUCCCUCUGGUGAAGCGGCUGAUUGCAGCGUGCGAGGAUUGCUUCUACAGACAGACCUUGACCGUCGACGAAGUAGAGCGCCAGUACCACAUCUCAAUCUCCACCGUCCUGUCCUCGCCCUUGAUCCGCGGCCCCGGCCCCAAUUCGCCGUGGGUCCUGCGCAUCGAUGUCGAAGCUAUGGCUUUUCGGCUUUACGGCACGCGUGCCUUCCAUGCUGCGCACGUCGAUCAGCUCGGCAAGCCUUGCACGAUCUGUGCGUUUACCAGGUUCACACCCAAGUUCUCGGCGAGCACGAGAAGUGAGCGAGGACUGAAGCGA